CUGAAACCGGAGAACUUUGAACUGAAAAGUAGGUCACGGCAACUUCGUCUUGUUUGCGUGUCAGAAGUAUCUCAGGAGAAAGUAUUAAAGCUGGAAAUGUCGUCUGAAGUGUUUGACUGCAUCGUCAUCGGCGCAGGGAUCCAAGGGUCCUGCACUGCUUACCAGCUGGCCAAAAACAAGCAGAAAACCCUGCUGCUCGAGCAGUUUGUCCUGCCUCACUCCAGAGGGAGUUCUCAUGGCCAGACCAGGAUAAUCCGUAAAGCCUACGAGGAAGAUUUCUACACACAAAUGAUGCAGGAAAGCUACGAGCUGUGGGCUGAGCUGGAGAAAGAAGCAGGUGUCGAGCUGUACAGGCGCACUGGUCUUUUGGUUAUGGGGCCAGAGAAAUCAGAGGGCUUCUCAAAGCUGAAGGACACGAUGCAGAGACACAAGAUUCCUACAGUGUUUCUGGAGAAGCAGGAGUUUAAUGAGCAUAUUCCCAAUGUCAAUCUCUCUGAAGGGAAUGGGGCGCUGAUUGACACCUUUGCAGGGGUGCUAUAUGCCGACAGAGCCCUCCGAGCUGUGCAGAGGCUUUUUCAGUGCAGUGGUGGAGUGCUGAAGGACGGGCAGACAGUGACUGGUGUUUCUCCUGGUGCAGUGGUGACUGUGAGCACUGGCUCUGCAGUGUACAGAGGGAAGAGUGUGGUGAUCACAGCAGGACCCUGGGCAAACACACUGCUCACACACGCUGGACUGCAGCUGCCGCUCAAGGUUGUAAAGAUUAACGUUUGCUACUGGAAGGAGAAGAUCCCAGGAACCUACAGUGUCGGCCAAAGCUUCCCAUGCUUUAUACAGAUGGAGCCAAAAGAGGGCGAAUAUGACAUUUAUGGCCUCCCAUCCAAUGAAUAUCCAGGAUUAAUGAAAGUGUGUUACCACAUGGGCAGUGAGACCGACCCGGAUGAGCGGGAUAAACAGACGGAUAGAGGGGACAUCGAUAUUCUAGCACGCUACGUCACCCGCUGUCUCCCUGGGCUGGUGCCAGUGCCUGCUGUGGUGGAGAGCUGUAUGUAUACGGUCACGCCAGACCAGCACUUCGUCCUUGAUUCCCACCCAUCCUACGGCAACAUCAUCAUUGGCGCUGGAUUCUCAGGCCAUGGCUUCAAGUUUAGCCCCAUCAUUGGAAAGGUGCUCUCUCAGCUGGCCAUGGGGCAGGUUCCCUCACACGACCUCUCACCUUUCCGAAUUCAACGUUUCCAGUCGCAAUCCAAAUCUUCACUUUGAGUUCAAGAUCCUACAAAUGACAGAUCUACAUUUAAUUGAACUAGAUGACUGAAUGGUAACGGUGCUAAACGUAUGCCUCUAACACACUGAGAGGGUGAUAUAUUCUUUCUAAUAAUUUAUGAAUGUAUUUCAGUUUAACAUGGGAACAAACACAUUCUUUCUGGCUGCCUUUUGUUUGCAGGAUAAAAAGCUGAUUUUUAGCAAAAACUAAAAAUUUCAAUAGCAACAUGUGAAAGAAUCAUUUUAUAUAGACACAGAGAUCACAUACUGUAUGUGCUAAAUGUUUGUCUAGGCAACAGCCUGCUUUUUAAAUUGCUUCCAAUUAAGCUCUAGAUCAGACUCAUUUUAUUUUGUUUGUCAGUGAAUAAUGUUAUUUUUUUAUUUUUGAACCAAUAUUCGUUUACACAAAUGUCAUACUCAUUUUUUCCAUGUUUAUUACAGUUUGUUUUUUAGACCACCAGGACCAAUUUCUUAGACUAAUACUUUGGUUACCUUUUUUAAAACUGAAAUAUGACAUUCUGUACUACAAAAUACGAUCAAGUCAGAUGUAGCUGAACACCUAAAGAAGGGAUAAGUUGUACUUUAUUGUUAAUUGCUGCCAAAUUAUUACUGUCACAUGCACUUUUAAUUGUUUGUGACCUACUUGUUUUGUCCACAAGAUCUCAACACUUAAAGGGACCACUAUUUCACAAGCAUUUCUUAAUCCCAAAAAAAAAACACAUAAUACUGAAUUUUGCAAAAACACUAGACAAGUGCAUCUUUGAAAGUGAUUAAAAGGUAGGAGAAACUGUCAUUUAAACAAAGACUUUUUUUGCUGCUCAAGCCUUUUGGAGAGAAAAAGCACAGAUUUACAGUAGGACAAGGACAAAUCUCUCUAGUGUUCCUGUGUUUGCAUGCUUUAUCCAGAUAUAUUUUGAAAGUGGUUAACGAAAGACAUUUAUGACUUAAGAAACUUUGCAAGUACAUGGUAACUUACACUAACCCUAACCCCAACCCCAACCUAACGAUCUAUACUCAUAAUCUAAUGAGAAUUAGUUGGCAUGUAGAUGCAAUUCAACAAACGGACCAUCAAAUUAAAGUGAGUCCUACUCAGAUUAUUAUGUGCGUUUUGAAAAAUGUAUGCACGUCUUGUGGUUUCCAUUAAUUCUUUUUAGUCAAUAUUCCAAAAUCUGUAUAAAAAUAGGUGGAUGGAAACAUAACUAGACUGAAAUUACUUUUGCUGUUCAAACUACUAAUUUAAAUUUAAAGUUAAAGUUAAUUUAAUUAAUUUGUGCUAUUUCAAAAAUGUCUGGUUCCACAAAAUUUCUUCUAGAGUACUGUUUAGAUGUUUUAUUCAAAGAUUUUUUUCUGGUUUUGUUCAAUAAACAAAUUUGUGGGUGAAAUUUCUUAUUGCUAAUUUAAAACUUGUGUCAUCAAAUGGCACAAGUUAAAAUGGAUUUUAACAAUUGUUUUUGUUAUUUUUUUUAAUGAGACGUGUUCAACCCUAAGCAUAUGUUAGAUUCAAGUGACUAAAUCUGAUUAAACGUGAUAUUAAUUACAA